AUGAUUACCGAACCCGAACGAGAUGCUGAUUACGAAGUUGUACGGAGAUGGAGUCGGAUAACUCAGAUAGAUCAAGGAGCAAUUUAUCAGAUGAAUCAGAAGAAUAUUUACCAGAUGUUGCAAGAAGAAGAGGAAGGGGUCGUGGAAGACGAAUUCUACCAAACUCCCGCAGCUAGGAGUAGAGGUCGCCGUGGCGCCGGGAGAGGGAGGGGUAGAAGAGGAAGAGGUGACCAAGGACCGAACCGUGUGGAAUUGGCAGCAAGAACAAGAGAGGAAAGAGACGCUCAUAUGGAGAAUUGCAUUUCGUCACUAGACACCAAUGGUCUCAGGGAUGCCUUAAGAUUAGUGUGCUCCAAGCAACCUUCAUUUAUGUUAGACAUCCUCCAGACAAUCCAUGGUGAAAAUCCAGAACCCCAUGACAGUACAGUUACAGCCCCAAGUUGGUGCAUUUGCUCUAAUUGUAGAGAAAUGCCAUCAGAGAGAGAAAAAGUAUGCUGCAACAAACCCAGUCAAAGUUGCAUCUCAAGAUUACCUGAUUUUCAAACUGUUGUCCUUGAUGAGCUUGUGUUGGAGGUGGCGAUGCGAUACCACAAUGAUGUUCUUGCAGAGCCAAGAGACGAAAACUUUAAUCGAUCACGAAGACAUACAGCUUAUAGGCAAUAUAUUAUGUGGAUUCAUGGUAGACUUGGUGCAGGCAAUAGAAAGGUGAUUCCAAGCUGCUGUGUUUGGAAAAUAAGGGAAAAGUUUCCUGAGCCUUGA